AUGUCGGCGACCUCCUCCACAACCGUCCCGCCGCCUCCAACAGGCCCUCCGCCGGCCUCGACGAGCUCCCCGUCCGCCGGCUCGAGCGGCUCUCUCUCGGCGACCUCCUCGUCUUCGGUCCAGCCCACUUCGUCGGCCUCGACCACCAUCUCGUCCUCGAUCUCCCUGGCCACCUCCUCGUCGAUCUUGCCGCCAUCCACGACUGAUGCCCCGACUAGCUCCUUGGUGGACACCUUGACCGCGCUCUCGUCCAGCUCCAGCUCUCAUCGCCCGACCUCGACGACCACUCUCCAGGUCGUGCCAACCCUGUCCCCGCCUCAGAACCCCGUCAUCGUCCAGGUUUUCAAUGACCCGACAAAGACCUACAUCCUGUUUUACCUCUCCGGUAUCGGCGGUGUGCUCUGUCUCGCCAUCCUCCUGGUGAUUGUGUACAUGGGAUGGGACAAGAACGCCAACGACGACGAGCGAGAAAAGGAACGCAGCUUGCGGGCGGGCUCCCGAGAAAACACACCCGUAAUGACCGUGCUGUCGCCUCCCGAUGGCCUGGAAUCCCGAGUCAGUCUCCAGAAUCCGCCGAGCGACGCCGCCAUGCAUCCUUUCGGCUACCGCAUGUCCCCGUUCGUUCCGCCCUCGCGACCCGUCUCUGUUCAUAUCACCCGCCCCGGGUCUUAUGCCAAUCUCAAUGACUCGCUGCUUCCAGGCAUGCCCGACGAAUUCAUCCCCGGCGAUGUCUCGAACCGAGAAAGCAUCUACUCAAAGCCUUCCCGACGCAACAGCGCCAAUCGCAUCAGCGGCAUCGAUGUCUUUGGCUUCUCGGAACGCCCACCUUCGACUCUGCCUGGCCCUUCCCCGGCCUUCAUCAGCCCAUCUCGAUUCGGCAGCACUUCGGACCUCCCUGCGCUUACCGGCGAUCCGCUGUAUCCGGCCAUACCAAGGCCCUCUUCCUUGGUUCCUGGCCCGCCUCCUGACAGCAUGCCCAUCGUAUCCGACAACUGGCCCAACUUUGCGUACAACCCGAACCAGAACAUGUCGUCGUCGUCCCUCCAGUCCAAGGGCAGCCGGCGGUCGUGGCGUGGAAGCCAUCUCGAUCCAAAUGCCGUCGCCAUCAUUCUGCCGAGCCAAGAGUACUUUGCCGACCCAGUGAUCGCUCCAACCCGAGCCGCUAACCCGGCCGUGCAAGGCGCUCCACACUCCACCUCAGCCACGCCGUCUUCGAAUGUCUACAGCCAGGGUGCGACAUUCACCAUCGACGACGAGGACGACGAUGCUCCCAAGGGCGCUGCCUCCUCGAUGCUCCAGCCUCCGAACCCCAAGAACGGAUCGCCCAGCUCGGGCCAGAGCAGCGCCAAAGAGCUCCAUAUUGUCCAGGAGCUACUGAAGGAUUCUGGAUCGACACACGACUCUCCUGUCUCCCCCGUAUCUGCUGUAACUGACACCUGCGACGGCCUCCGCUCCGACAUCUCCCCACGCCAAGGCACCCAUAGCACGGCGCCGCUGAUAACGACGCCGCAGUGCAAUUCAGCCGACCCCUUUGGCGAUGCAUCCUCCAUCAUCUCCAAUGAGGAUCACCGCUGA